AUGUCCGCCCUUUUCAACCUCCAGUCACUCCUCCUUGUAAUCCUCCUCCUAAUCUGCACAUGCGCCCACGUCCACCAAAUCUUCCCCGCCAUCCUCGACAGAAACAAGACCGGCCUUAUGGGUGUCUUUUGGAAGUCAGCCAGGAUCGGUGAGAGACUGAGCCCGUACAUGAGUUUGUGGUGUCUCUUCAUGGCUGGCUCCAUCUUCCUCAGCUCUUAA